UUAAAAGUACCUAGUAUUUUUCUGGAGGAUUGGUUCAUAAGACUUCUCCAGCUUUUUAGGGACCCCAAGAAUAGAAGGAUUAAGAUCAUACUAGAGAUUGAGAACAUAUCCCAGGUUACUAAGGAGAGGUCAAUCUUCCUCUGACCUGAGAGGCUAAUGAGUGAAAAGAAGAAGAUAACCCAAAAAAGUAUCUACCCAUGAAUUGAAAUGUUCAAUAUUCAAGUUUACUAGGAUCUAAUAGCUCACUCAAUAAUGUUUCCAGUGAUGAUAAGAAUCACGUUUCAAUAGUACAUACACCAAGAAUUGGAGGGAAAAAACAGCCCUAUUAGCAACAAGUUGUAGACAUUCCAUGUCUGUCUAUGCAUCACGCAUGACACGAAAUUUUCAAGUUUCUUGACAGCUAUAAUAGCAAAUUGAUGUUCAACCCCAACGGUUUUCAAGCCACGAUUGUGAGAGAACUGGAGGUUAGAAAUGGAUAUGAGUAAUUCAGAAUCGAAAACCAAAGGAAGCACCAAUCUUGGAAGCCGUCUGGCCAGUUUCGCUUGCUCUUAUGUGGAUAAGAAAAUACCGAUAUUGCACAAGAAGGACGUGAUAGUUCUGAAUUCCAAUCAUGUUCCCGAACUGAGGGAACUCAUAUCUCAAGAAUGCACGCAGGUGUUCGGUGAUGUAGAUGUCUACGAAGUUAUAUACAACGCCUUUUUGUCCUUAGGUGUGUUGAACCCAGAUGGCGAAAUAGUAGGAGCUGUAUGCUUCAUGAACUAUCCCAACAUAAGUGCUGUUCCACGUUGGUGCUGGUUGCAGUGGAUGCGCAACCUAUUCGGAUGCGAGAGCGUCUCGCAAAGAAACAGCAUCUGGAUCCAACUCCUGCUCUGGAAAGUUAAGUUCGCCACUGUUUUCCUGAAACCUAUUCUUCAAUAUUUCUUCAGUAAACUUAAGUACAAGGAAUACGUUAUGUGUGCGAUACCACCGGGAGUAAAAUCCAUUAAUUUUCUAGGAGAUUACGCUUCAAGGAUUCUGCCGAAAGGUUACGUCAACCCAACAACGUGCACCACUCUUGGUAUCAUGGCUAGGCAGUACUACAUGACCAACUACAAGAUUAGGAAAGCCGUCGAAGAAGACAACGACGACCUCAUACCACUAAUAGCAAGGUUCUCGCCUAGGCUUCACGAGAUGUACGGUAACUACUACAUAGCUGAGCUCCUGACGAGGUUCCCAGACUCGAGUAGAAGCAUCAUCGUGGCCGAAUACGAGGGUUACGCCGUUGCCGUUAUCAUCAUGAACGAAGUGGUCAACUACGAGAUACUCAAUGAGAACUUCGAAUUGGUCUGCUUUCACGGUCUCAGGAAGCCACACGAAAAGGAUUCGAUUGGGAGCCCAGAGUGCAAUGAGAUCGAGGUCAAGGAUGCAAUGUGAGUCCCUCCAUUGUUGAAGU